AUGGCGCGGUGACGUGGCGGCAAGGCGGUCGGUGCGCGCCAUGUUUGUGGAGUGAGGAUCGGGCGGGAGCGGGAGAGCAGCAGGCCGUCCGCUCGCUUCACCCUCAGGCCCACCCCCUCUACCUCCCGUAUUGUUUGUAUUAAUUCCCCGUGUUACCGCUUUUCUUUUAGGCGUGUAAUCCUGACCACGUGAAUUAUUUUGGUCCAUUUCUGCUUUCUAAUUGCUGGCAAGUGGCUUUGAAAGCUAGAGGAGUCUGUAAAGUUGAUUUAAAUUGAUUGACAACAGGAUUGGCUGGUGUCCUCAGCUGCUUAAGGGAAACUCUUCUAUUUUGGUCACAGGUGUUUGUUGUUGAUUGAGUUCAGCAUGGCCGUGGUCAUCCGCUUGCAGGGUCUCCCCAUUGUGGCGGGGACAAUGGAUAUCCGCCAUUUCUUCUCUGGAUUAACCAUUCCUGAUGGUGGCGUACAUAUUGUAGGUGGUGAACUUGGUGAGGCUUUCAUCGUUUUCUCCACAGAUGAAGAUGCGCGGCUUGGUAUGAUGCGUGGUGGGGGCACAAUUAAAGGAUCCAAAGUGUCACUUCUACUGAGUAGUAAAACUGAAAUGCAAAAUAUGAUUGAGCUCAGUCGUAGGCGUUUUGAAACUGGUAAUGUGGAUAUGCCCUCAGUGGGCUCCAGCCGGCCAGGGCCACCUAGUAAUACUAGUCUGAGUGGAAGGGGUAAUUUGCCUACAACUAUGGCUAAUCUAAACACUCCCACCAUGGUUACCACCACUUCCUCAUUACAUGAGGGCUUGAGCAGUAAGAAUGUGCCGACAUUUUCUGCUGCCAGUGUUGGAAGUACACCCUCAAGUCUCAAUCCCACUUUCAGUAGCCCUGGGUUUACUAUGGGAUCAACCAUGACGAGCAGUAUGCCACCGUUGAAUACUAUGAACUCUGUACCCCCUCUGCCACCACUUCCUCCUUUACCUACAAUGCCAUCACUACCACCUAUGCCUUCAAUUCCUCCAAUUGGUAUUUUGCCAACACUGCCACCAGUGCCUCCCCUUCCUCCCAUAGCACCUCUUGCUCCUAUCCCCCCCAUGCCACCUAUACCCCCUAUACCAAGCUUGCCACCUAUGCCUAUGAAUGCAGGUAGCACUCUCCCUUUAGGAAGCUCUGGGCCCAGUGGAAUGAAUGGCUCUGGGUCUGCUCUGGGCAUCAGUAGUAGCAUAGGUUCCAUGUAUAUGGGUCCUUUGGGUUCCUUGAACCCCCUUCACCCCUUGAACUCCCAUAGUUCGUUGAGUAAAGGACCACCACCCAUCAAUCCAGAUGACUUGUAUGUCCAUGUCAAUGGAAUGCCAUUCACUACAAUGGAAUCGGAUGUGAGAGAUUUUUUUCAUGGACUUCGAAUUGAUGCAGUGCACAUGAUGAAAGACCAUUUAGGACGCAAUAACAGAGAUGCAAUGGUGAAAUUUUAUGGCCCCUCGGACACUUUUGAAGCUCUGAAACGACACGGAAAAAUGAUGAUGGGUCAGCGAUUUGCCAAUGUCUUCCCUGCAACAGAGAGACAAUGGUUGAAUGCUACUGCUGGCUUCAAUGUACCCAAAAGCAUGGGCCCUCCACCAAGCCUAGGGCUUUAUGGACAAAACCUGCCACCAUUUCACACAUCGCGGUCUGAAUCUCCAAGCCGACGUGAGCGAUCCCGGUCACGUUCUCCUCAUGAGAAGGAAUACUGUGUCUAUUUAAAAGGUUUACCAUAUGAAGCUGAGAACAAGCACAUCAUGGAAUUCUUCAAUAAGCUGGAGGUCAUAGAGGAUAGCAUCUACAUAGCUUAUGGACCUAAUGGAAGAGCAACUGGUGAAGGGUUUGUGGAGUUUAAAAAUCCCACUGAUUAUCAAGCAGCAUUGUGUCGUCAUAAGCAGUACAUGGGUAAUCGUUUCAUCCAGGUGCACCCUAUUACCAAAAAGGCAAUGUUAGAAAAGCUGGAAAUUAUUUCAAAAAGAACACACAGUUUUGUGCAGAGUGAGCAAAAGAGAGAAGUAACAGUGAAAUCAGAGGAAGCAUGUGGUUCACCAAAAGUAUAUGGCCACAUAUGGAAUAUACCAUAUAAUGUAACCAAAGGUGACAUGUUUCAGUUUCUGGAGGGUAUUGGACUUGCAGAAAAUGGUGUCCAGAUUCUUGUUGAUUGUAAUGGUCAAGGACUGGGGCAAGCACUUGUGCAUUUCUUAAAUGAGGAAGAAGCACAGAAAGCUGAACGACUGCAUCGCAAGAAACUAAAUGGACGCAAUGCAUUUCUCCAACUAAUCACUCUUGAGCAAAAGCAAGAAAUGGAGACAAAUCCACCAUUUCAAACCAAAGGUCAGAAGGGUACAAGCCAAGGGAGUCUUGAUACUCCUUUCCUCCCAAGUGUUGGGGGAGAGAAAAUGUUUUCUCCUAGUGGUAGUUCAGCUAAUCUUAAUGGCCCUGCACCACCAUUCAACCCUGUGAGUUCAUUUAGUGGAUCAAGCACCCUAUUUGGUCCUGGAUCAGUUCCUGCAUCUGGGGUGAGUGGAAGUACUGGUGAUGGUCCAGUGGGGGGAACUACAUUUGGAGGCAGCAGUACAAGUAAUUUUCCUACGCCAGGGGUUGAGCCGACAUUUGGAAGUGGUCCCUUAAGCACCAAUAGUCCAACAGUUGUUAAAGUUCAGAAUUUGCCCUUUAAAGUGUCUGUGGAUGAAAUAGUGGAUUUCUUCUAUGGCUACCGUGUUAUUCCAGACUCUGUGUGCCUGCAGUUCAAUGAACAAGGCAUGCCUACAGGUGAAGCAAUGGUUGCUUUUGAGUCCUGUGAUGAAGCAAUGUCAGCAGUUGUUGAUCUCAGUGAUAGACCAAUGGGCUCACGGAAGGUUAAACUAGUCUUAGGAUAACCCUGAAUUUUAAUCACACUGUUGCUGAGAAGCUUGCCCCUGGCAUAGCCCUUUAAUAGUGAGCUUGUCUGAACUUCUGCCUGAUGAGGUAUACUUUGAAAGUGUUUGCAGCUGACUUUAUGACCCAGAUUAUUUUGAAUCCAAUGAAAAAUUAGGUGUCGAGUGGAAAUUUUAAGUACACACCACUGAUAGUGUAGACCUAGCAGAAGUGGAUGCUUUCUAUAGAUUUAUGGAACUGUAGCUUACUCAUACUAUAGGCAAACACAGAUGCAUACUAGAUGCUAAUACUCAUUUGUUACAAUGCAAUUAUUUUAAAGUUUCAGCACCCUGAAUGGAACAAAGCUCUGAUACCACAUCAAAUACAAAUAUCUAUCUUCUACUUGGAACUGAUACACAGAGCUAGUCCUAAGUUGGGCAGUUUUUUUUCCGAAGUGAUGUAAAUUAUAGUAUUUGUGCACUUGGGGUGUUAUUGUCAGCUGCCAAUAGAUGCAGUGAAAUAGUAGGAAUUAGGGUACAAAUCAGUUGAAAAUUCAGUUCUUAAUGUGCAUGUUGACCCUCUUGUUCUGGGCAUGGUAUGUUUAUUUUUUUAAAUCUUUUGAGUUUGAGCAAAACCAAUCUCUCUCAUCUCUGUACAUGCAGAGCAAACUGCAGGUUAAGUUGUUUGACUUGUGUUCAAAAGAAACAUGCUAUUGUGUGAUCCUUGGCUGGACAUAAUCGUUUAUAGAAUUUACUGAUGUGCUAGUUACCUAACUGUUCUGCUAGUACCCACACUGCUCACAUGAGGAAUACUUUGACUACUGCCUACCAGUACCAUACAAUGUUGACCACAGUGGUAAUCUGCAUUAAUAGUUCUAUUAAAAUAGUUUUAGUAUUUCUUUUCAAAUUAACUAACCCAAAGAUCCGAUGCAUUGUUGUAAAACACGUUUUAAAGUUCUGCUGCAAAUUUAUUCCCCUUUGGCACUGAAAAAGUAGGUGAUGUUCAUACCAGUGUGGGGUGCUAGUAGAAAUUUAGUGUACCUAGCAUUGGAAAUGUAUUUGUUAGCGGAUGUGCUGGGUAGACACAGUGCCCUGUACUAGGAAAUGCUGUACAGUCUUGUUAAUGACCCAUAACUCAAUUUUACUGUAUGAUAUCGUAAGCUUUUUGUAAAAGAUACAAAAUGAAUCAGUAAGAGUGAUGCCGUUUUUAAAGACAAUAAAACAAUGCGUAUUACUUGUUUGAAUUUAAUGUUUUUUGCAAAUGAUGUUGAAGGGAGAAUCUGAAAAUCUGUGCAACACUACACUAUACAGUUGGGGUUGGCGGGGGGGGGGGAGAAGAGAGAAAGGACUUAAUUGGUCCACUGAGCAUUUGUAACAGGUCCCAAUACAUUUUGGGAUUUUGUAUCCUUCUAACUUUGUUUCAAGGUUUCACUCUCUGUGUAGUGUACCAGUUUAUUUUAAAGGGUGGGUUAGUGGUCUGGAAUUUGGAACCCAUUGGUCUCUUUAAAGAGCACAGAUCUAACAGGAUUCUAAUUGGCAGUAGUAGCUAAUGGUAAAGCUGCUGAAAUCUUCUGCUGAUCAAUCUCCAAGACAACUCAAGAAAUAUAAACCCUAGGUCUGCUCAGUGGACUGAUGUAAAAAGUUCCUAAAACUACGUGUAAGAACUAUUGUAAGAACUGCGUUCUUUGUGUAAUCUGGAUAUCUGCAGAUGCAACAUAUUAAGCUUUGUAUUGGCAAAGUUGCAUUUAAAAAUUAACUUUGUAAUUUGCAGACUGAUGAAUUUAACAUUUACAUCUAUUUGGUGAGAUCAGUAGGCAAAGUUUUGAAUUUAACCAUGAUGUAAAAGAAUAAGUUGUACAUACACCUUUAUCUUUUGCAGCUUUCUGUCAAUAAAAUGCAUUCCGUGAUAAAUAAACGAAACAACUCCUUUUAGGUUUAGAUGUAAAGCUCUGUGUUGCUUUUAUUUUAUGAACCGCCAUGCAAAUGGCAUAUUUGUUGGCUGCCUUUUUGAUUAUUAUAUUUUGUGUGAAAUAGUUACAGAUAUUUUAGUGUGAUGGCGUGUUGAGAAUGAAGUUGUCCAAUAUUGAUCACAAGUAUGGGAGGACUAUUACUCACCUAACGUCCCAUUGAUCAUCUGAGCUUAAUAUGAAUCUAAAAUAAUGAGGUAAUGUUUUGAGUUUCUUCUCGUAUGAUCACCAAUGACAGUGAUAAUCCAGGUGAAGAUUUUUAUUGCUGUCCAUCGUUGGGUUGAAAGAAUCAACAGUGAAACUCUCCACACUCAAUCCAAUGUUUUGUUUAAAGUCCCUGCUGAUGGUCUAGGAGAGUUUCUUGCCUCUCCUCACCAGCUUCUUUUCAGCCUUACAAUCCUCUCAAUUCUGCUGAAGGAGCAAAUUUAACACUUAUCCUUUUGUUGAUGUGAUAUCAAGAGAAGAUCCUCUGAUGGCUAGACUAGAUUUGAUUAAUUCUGAGGAAUACUGACUACUUUUAUAGAGGAUAUGCAAUAGGCAGAAUUUCUUGUUGUCAAAAUAGAAUGAGUGAAUUUUUUUUUGUCUGGCUUGUUCUUGUAUGGUAUCUCAAUUUUCAAUUCUCAACAAAGUUGUACAUAUUCACCUAAAAUUGGCAUUUUGUUUGCUACUGUUGUAUGAUCCUUAAAAUGCAUAUAUAAAAUGAGAGUAACUUGUAAUUACAUGUGUUUAAAUUGCUUGUGUCUGAUUUACUUUGCCUGCUCAUUGACAUUGCUGGAAAGACUCUGGUGUGCUACCACUCAACAUUAUGCAGUUCCCGAUUGUUUUCUCUCUGAAUUAAAAGGCAUUUUGUGCACCAGAUAGUCUGGAUUCAUUGCAAACCUUUUUACAUGGUCAUUCACUUGUCAACAGCCCUUUGUGUUUAUGUGGAAUACAUAGAGUGCCUCUCUCAAAAAUACAUUGCUUGUAUACUGGCAAACUUGCUGAAUUUGAUCAUCAGCAGAAUGGGUAUUGGUUUUAAGCAUUGGUUUUAGAUAAUUCCAGAUACACUUGUCUAUUUCUUGAGCUUGUUCUGUGUAUCCAACCUAGCACAGAAAGGUUACCAUUUCAAGGUAUUAUCCUGUAAAAGUUGAUUUUCUUUAAUAAUCCAGUGCUGGCUGGUAUUGCUAAUUGUUUGUCUCAAAUGUGCAAAGAUGGAAUAUGAUUAAAUAAAGCCAUGGUAUUUCUCAAUGUGUUCAAACAGUGUAGAUAAAAACUGCUUUGGUAAUCUUGUGAAUGAAACUCACCAGAAUACUUUGCAACACUAGUACUAUUUGAUUAUAGUAUUGAUUGGUGAACUGCUUUGUAUUGACUUUUGUUCAGUACAAGUAUGAGCUGAUGAGCCAUUGAAUUAUCAAUAUCACAGUGACACGUGCGGAGCCAUCGGAUCAGCAGGAAUGUACCCAAUUAAUCAAGUGUAAAACUUGAUAUUUGUAUGAAGGAAGUUUACUGAGGAGUAAUCUGACUAUGCAAAUCGUUCUCUUUUUAUGUGCUACUAUGAGUUGAUGCCAGCUCUGCCUUCGAGGCUCUGAAAUUUGUAAUCUUUGGCUUAGAAUUGGCUGCCAUGUGAAAUUCCUGCGUUUUGAUUACUGUGUAUCGUCAGUAAUCAGACUUACAAAGACAUUGUGCUGAUGAGAAAGCUGGGCAAGGUAGGUUGAUGGAUGUUUGAGGAGUUGAAUGCAUUCAAUAGGUUUGACAUUCACUUGUAUCUUGGACA